AUGGAGCUAAGGGGGAUCAUGGCGGAAGAGCACGGGUGGCGGCGAGGUAAGAAACAUAUUCGUAACUCCCGGGCAUGCGGCCGCCCGCCACUUGGCUUCUUGGCUUAUCCCAGCUCUAUAUCUCUCCCCCACACCCUCCCCUCCUUACCCCCCUCUCAUCCUCCUAAUCCCCCGACUCCCCACUCCCUUCUUUCGCCCCCCUCCUCCCCUUGGUUCCGAUUUCCCCGCCCAUGCGCCUGCGCUCUCGCCCCCGUCGUCCCGCGUUGCGCGCCAGACGAGCAGCGGUACUGGUACGCGGGGCGGUGGCAGACGAACCGCCAGCUCUACCUCGCCUUGGAGGUCGUGCGAAAGCGGUUACCACGCGACGCCGUCGUGUGCGCGAUGGCGGCGGUGCACGGCCAGGUGCCGUGCCUGCACGCGCCGUGCGUGCUCACCGUGCAUCUGCGGCCGUACUACUCGGAUUUCAGCGUGCUGAAGCAACUUGUCGAGACGGACGAAUUCGGGUUCAUCAAGCAUUUCCGGCCGCGAUCUGUCCUGGAUGCAGGAGCCAACGUGGGGUAUGCUACGCUCAUUUUCUCCACUUUCUUCCCCAACGCUACUGUGGUCGCGAUAGAGGCGAGUGACAAGAACUACGAGGUGUUACGGCGUAACACGUAUCGCCUGCGCAACGUUUAUGCGGUGCAUGCGGGGCUGUUUAAUCACUCGGGAAUGGUGCUGCUAAGGAAUGGGACACAAACGAAGACGAGGGAGGGGUGGCAGUAUGUGGUUACGCCAGUGCCCUCUAAUAGCAGCGGUGACACAAACGAAGGUGAUACUAACGAGGAUGUUCAGGAGGCGGUAGAGGGUGAAGCGAACAGCAGCAACAGCAGCGGAGUGGCAAGCACAGGGGCAGCUGAGGGGGGCGUGACUAUCCGUGGUGUGACUGUAGGCGAUGUGCUAAAGCAGGUUGGAUUGGCGAGAUUCGAUUUCGUGAAGAUGGAUAUUGAGGGGUCCGAGGCUGAAGUGCUGGCCAUGUCCCCAUUGGCUGCAGGCGCCGAUUGGCGCCUGCUGGCACGAUCAGGGGAGUAUCUUGUGCUUGAGAAUGAACGGUGGAGCGAGAGGAGGGGGGGGCGAGGAGGGGUGGCGGGGCAGAGGGCGGAAGACAGGGGGAAGGUGAGAGAGGUGCAGAGGAAGGAAGUGGAGAGGAGGAAGGAGGGGACGAAGGAGGAGGGGAGGGUGCAACAAGGAGUGCAGGCAGGCUCAGGAGAGGGGCAAAGAGGGGAGGUAAAAGGAAGGCGAUAG